UACCAUCUCUCCUCCCACAUUUCACACCAACAAGCAACGCCACCGCCAAUUCCGCCGCCGAGCAGCUGACAAAGAUGAGGCCGUCCGCUUCUCACUACAACCAGCCCCAUUUUCUCGAUUCCUGCACUCUCUGCCAGAAACAUCUCAGCCACAACAGCGACAUCUACAUGUACAGAGGAAACGCACCGUUUUGUAGCCAGGAAUGCCGGCAAGAGCAGAUUGAGAUGGACGAGGCGAAGGAGAAGAGAUGGAAAAUCUCAUCUUCGAAGAGAUCUAGCAGUGUUAGGCAAAGCAAGGAUUCAACUACGGAGGAAUCCGAUACCAACAAAGCCGUUAGAACUGGAACAGUCGCUGUAGCCUAAACCCAAGAUUUAUAAAUACAUUCAAAUCUCCCAACGCAAAAACGAGUAUAAUAAAGGGGAAAUCAAAAAAAAAAAGGGAAACGUAUUGAUAUUUCUCUCGAAAUUCAUGAUGAUGAAAGGUGUUUUGAGAAUUAAGAGAUGGAGUUUGAUCUGUAAAGGAAAGAAGGUGGGGCAGAGGAUGAAGAAGGAGAAGAUCCUGCUAUACAAUUUUGAUUUAUUUUUUUUUUCCUUUUCUUUUCGUUUCUGUAACGUUUUCUUGCUUUUUUUUUUUUUUUUUUUUUUUUUUUUUUUUUUUUUUUUCUUGAAUCAAAUACAUUUUGAUGUCUAUAUGAUGAAGUCAUGAAGGUCCUUUCAUUAUGAUUCUAUGAAAUAUUAUAAAUCUUCGUUAAUUCAA